AUGAUAAGUUUAUCAACAUUCUUUAUUAUUUGCUUUAUUGUAUAUUGUAUCUGUACAUGGAUGAUACCAAGAUUUUUAGCAUGGCUUGUUAAAAGAAAAUGUAAAAUACGUUUACAAGUUGGUCAUAUCUCACUUCCAUAUUUUAUAUUGCGAAAUGUCAAUAUUUCUUCAAAUGGCUUCACAAUUGAAAUUGAAGAGUUCAGUAUGCGAAGUAGCCUAUUCAGUAGUGAAGUAGCUAAAUUGUUAUCUUUAAUGAUACGAGGUGUCCGAGUUAAUAUUGAUGUUCCAGCAAUGUUAAUUAGACAUAAAAACCGUUCAAAUAAAGUUUUAGAUUUUCGAAAUACAAAAAUUCCUUCAUUUAUAAUUACAGUUGUACAGUUUCUAGCAAUAAAUAUAGAAAAUUUAAGUCUUUUGGCUCUUGGAAAUGGUUGGUUGGCUAAUGGAAAUACCGAGACUCUAAGUCUUGAUGGUAGCAUAGUUCAUGGGGCAAGAACAUUACUUGGAACUAUAACAUUUGUUAAUGGAGUAAUGAAAUUAUUACGCCAUGCAUCAGAUGCUUGUUUAGCUCAAAUAAAUUUUGCUGGUACUAUUGAAGCAACUCUUCGAGCUCAAGGAGAAUUAUCACUAGAGAAACUAUUGAUUGGAAUAACUCAGACUGAAGGCUCUGGAGGUGUUGGGCUUUUACAAUUUUUAAAAGAUAGAAAAUCAUUAACACCUGAAACAUUAAAUUCAAAAGCACCAAAACAUCACAAUAGAAAUAUUAUAGAUCGGUUUGCUCCUAUUUUACCAAAGAAUUUGUUAAUAAAGUUGGGUAGUUCAUCAAUUAUUGCUGGCCGAGAAGAUGGCUUUCAUUUAGGUUUAGAAUGUACAAUGAGAUCUCUGCAAGUCAAUGCAAAAUUUCAACCAGUUGGUCCUCAAAUUUAUUUAGUCUUGAAUAUAGAUGGAAUAUCAUUUAAAGGAAAACUUCCAGUGCUAUCAUUACGGUCCUUAUCAAUAGAAUCAAAAAUGAAGAAUGAUAUUUUAAAGAUUGCUAUACAAUUAAACUGUCUUUCAAUGACAUAUGACUAUAAAGAUUGGGAAUCCAUUUUGACAAACGAUGUUCACGAUAUUUUUAAACAAGAUGUUAAUACAUCUCAAAAAAAAAAAUUUUCUUGGUUGACUAUUCAAAUAAUUACUGAAUUGUAUGAUGUUUCAUUAUUUAUAAAAUUACCAGAUGUUCAUGAAACGUCAUGCUCUGUAACGCAUGCCAAAUUUUCAAUGAGUAGAUUAACUGAUAAUAUUGAUGAAUGGAAUACUGAAUUAAGUUUUGAAUCACUUUGUUGCGCAUUUAACAAUACUUCUAGAAAUAUUUUGGAAUUGACACAUCAAUGGGGAAAUUGUCUUUUUAUUGGAAUAUUUCUCGCUACUACUCAAAAAAAUGCGAUAGGCAUUGUGCUUGAUGGUCUUAGAAUGGAAUGGAGCAUUGAACUUGUAAAAUUUCUUGAGCAUGGAUUAUUAUAUUGGAGAGGAAAUAAAAAAUCUUCCAGUUUAGAAAAUAAUGGAUUUUUUUAUGAAAUAAUACAACUUAAUCUUAAAAUUUCGAAUUGUAAUUUAUUUUUCAUUGCAGAAAAUGAAAUGGCAAUUAUGGUUCGUUUGGAUUCAGCUACUUUAGAACAAAGUAUUAAAUAUUUUAUUGGUAUGGUAGAAGGAGUUUGUGCAAUAACAUUAAAUAAAAAUGAACCAAUUUUAUAUCAACAUGCUCAAACAUUAAGUCAUCCAUUUUUAUCAAUCAGAAAAUGCAAAACUGCUAUUUCUCCUGUUACGAUAAAUAUUAGUUUAGAUAACACUGCUUUGGUUUGGAGUCCUAAUUUACAUCUUCGUUUAUUACAAUUAUGGAUUGAAUCGACUGAUCUUCGAAAUAUUGUGUUUGAAAAUAAAGUUGUUUCUAAUACUAAAACAGAACGAUUGUUGGACAUACUGUGUACAAAUGGAAUUUCUUUAACACUUGAUAUUUCUCCAAGACACUUUUUAGAAAUAUCUUCCGAUUAUUUAAAAUGGUCACAAGGAGAAUGGAAACUUAAUUAUCUUAGAGCAGCUUUAGAUAUGGCAGAUAUAAUUAUAAUUGAGGGCUUCAAAUUAUGUAAAAUAGUGGAUAGUGCAGAAGUUCGAAUGGAACGACAAAAUGCUGAAGGAUUCGAAUUAGAAUGGAAUGAGACUUGGGCCAUAAGCAUUGAUUUAGUAAAAGUAUGUUUUCCUUAUGAACAUCAAUUUGCUAAAGCUAUUCAAAAUGAGUUAUUUAGUAUAAGAAAAUGGCUUAAGGAAAUACAUUCUUUUGAUAAGAAACAAGAAAAAACAUUACCAUGUGAUCUAGUUAUGAAAAUUAAAGAAUGGGUAUUUGAAGUGAAUGAUGAUCCAUUUGAAGUUCGUCUGCGUGACAAUUACGAGCUCUUGGAGGACGAGUAUAAGGAAAGUCUAAAACGACAGGCGAUGUUGGAUGCUAAGGUCCAAGAGCUUUGCAGAGCUCACCUCCUUCUUCCACAGGGUAAGGUAGAGGAGCUUUAUGCAAGCUUAAACAAGAAAAAUGCUGAAAUCUAUGUGCAACGCUGGAAACAAAUGCAACGUGCAGGACCUGCACGCACGCGACUCAUCGCCUGGACAAUGCUUGAUCUUGAGAUAAUUGCUUUAGUGGACCCUUCGAUUUACGGAUUGGAACAUGCAACUCGCACACUUCAAGAAAUGGACCCGGAGACGCCCUGGCCGGAGGAUGGACUCGAAUUUAAUACAUUCUGGGUGAGGGGAAUCGCUCUCAAAUGCCGCGAGUGGAAGCUUCAACUAAGGGACUUUCCCCAAGCAUUUUUACUUGUUGAAGCACUAAAUAUUUGGGGAAGGUUAGCCGGCGUCGAGGCUCUUGCUCCACCUAGGGCCCGAAGAACAGUGAAGAUAGAGGUUGGUGCACCUUGGGACGAUAUUAUCAUAGAACGCGGCAUGACGUCAUUAAAAUAUUACCAUGAUCUGAACUGGGACAUUGAUAAGUUCAGAUACGCGUUCGGCCCUUGUUGGGAGCCAGUAAUAGCUCAGUGUAAUCUAAGUUUUGAGAAAAUCAUGCAGCCGUCGCGAGAUCCAAGUCCACCACUACCUUUUUGGGACAAGAUGCGACUCAUGCUACACGGUCGGUUGACAUUAUGUGUUAAACAACUAACAGUACUGUUACAUGCCUCGCUUGAUCCCUACAAUACUACUGAAGAAAUGGAACUUACGUGGUCAAGUCUUGAGCUUGACUGGAUCCUCGGUAAAAUCAUUGUCAAAGGUGACCUUGACGUAUAUGUACGAACUGCCAGCAAGUAUGAUGACUGUCGUCUUCUUCAUUUGCCCAACGUUAGGCUCAGUAUAAAGCUCGUGUGGGUCUGUUUAGGAGACUCUCGAGACCACCAUACUGCCCUGCCUUGUGCCCCCAAUAAACUACCUGAAUAUUCUAGCAACCAACAGCACGAUUCUUUUCGUGCUUUUCGCUCUCAAAAUCUUAAUGUGAGUCUUGCUUUGGAGACGAAGCCGACAGGUUCACCUACUUUGACAAACGCGCCUACGGCCAUCCUGUAUGGAAGCACGUUACGCUGGUUCGAAAAUCUAAAGUUCAUUCUAUCGGGGGCAACUAGACCUACCCGAAAGGGUUGUCUUUUCCAAAACAUCCGGCCACGUAAAAAGCAACUUAGCCGACAUUACCGUAAAAUCCGAUUGACUCUUGCUUUCCAUCGUUUUCAUGUGAGUUACUGGAUGUCGUUCGCUAUGCAGCGGGGUUUCGAAGUAACAGGGGGUCGAGUCGCUUGCAGCUCCGAACACAAUCUUACCCUCCACCCCAUAGACGAUGGCCUUAUACACAGACCGCGUGCUGAGUGGUCCAUUAUCUACAUGAAUUGUGAACUGAGUGACGCCGAAAUUUGGCUCAAGAGCGCUCUGCAAGAAGACGAGGAGAGCACGUCUCUUAGACAGCCCGUACAGAAAUGCUAUUGCCUGAGUGUCGCAAGAGUUAGCUACGGCAGGGAGGCUGUAGUUGCGGGCAUAAGUGGCGACACGCCGAUUCAUCGGCUUGUCGUGCACGAUUUGAAGGGUGCGUGGACUAAAACAAAUCGUGACGUAGCUUUUGCCCUCUUUGACUCAUUUAUCAAGACUCAGCAGCUUAAGAAGAAUCUGUCAACGGCAGCGCUUAAGGGUUUUCAUCGAGAGAGUAGUUGUAUGUCUUAUAAGAACCGAUCACGACCGAUUGACGUCCAAAACACUCCCACCCAAGUGACACCUUCGACGUCAACCAAGCUUCAACAGGGAGAAGCUGCAGGUAUGCUACAAAGACUUAUCGCAGAGGCCGCCAAUAAGCCCGUUGUUUUCAGCGAUGAAAUAUCUGUACAAACAAGGGGACAACAACUCAGAGGCCUUGCUGCCUGUAAUCAAGACGAUGUCUUACAUAAGAAUUGGCUCAUUGCCCUGGUCAAUAGUCAAGUAUUAUUAAAAGGUAUAGAUACACGGGGUUACGUUAUUUUAUCAGCUGCCAAGGCAGAAAUUCUACAAAGAGUACAUCGACCGAUAUGGAAAGAAAGAACUCUGAUGUCGAAAACAACGUGGGUUGGUUCUUUAGAAUGCAUGCAGUACUACGCUACUGUCAAUGCUAACAUUGAUGAUAAUAUAGAUCAUAAUAUUAUGUGGCUGACAAUAGAUAACAUACAAGAAAAGGACUCGACAGUGAUUAUUGGGUUGCCAGAUGUUCCAGCCCUUGUCGGUUCAGGUCAAAGUGUUGGUGGCGUAGUAAGUCAGACUGUAGGUGGUAGCGGUGGACCUCAGCAUCAACUACAGCGCAUCGUAUCUCGAUGUAAAUGUGAAUUCUUUUACGUCGGGUAUGGUCAAGCCUUAGAUGCAGACUCUCUUGAUGAAGUUCCAGCACCACCUGGUGAAGAGAUCAGUCCUUGGGAACGCAAAGAGCUUUCUUCAGCUGAUGCAUUCACUCUCAUGCACCAUGAUCUUGACGUUUGUACAAACUCGUUGCAGUAUGCUAUGAUACUCGAUAUCGUCAACAAUUUACUUCUAUAUAUUGAGCCAAGAAGGAAAGAGGCUCUUGAGAGAUUACAACGAAUGAGGUUUCAGCUGCAAUUGCAAUCAGAGGAAGAUCAAAAACGCCCGAUACAAGAGCGACAGAAUAUUGUGCGUGGUCUUGUAUCGAAAUUACGUAGACUCGAAAAGGAGACGUACCUUGUACAAAAGGCCCUCGCUGAUGAGUCAAGUGCAGAACUAAUCGCAGAACUAGAGCAUCUUGAAAUACGAGUGUUUGAUUGUAAGGAGAAGUUAAGCGCUAAGGCUGAGGAAUUGGACGUUAUGCUUAGCUGUUAUAAAGAGACGACAGCUCCGGCCGCUGCCUCAACAAAUCUCAAGGAUAAACCAACGGCGGUAGUCCGAGCGGCCGAAAUAUGCUUCAAACACGCACAGUGGAGGCUGACAGAUGCCGAUGGACAGCUGGGCAUAGCCGAUCUUAUAUUAACAAAUUUUCUCUAUACAAAGACAAGUAAAAGUGAUGACUCAGUAGAGCAUUUACUCGAACUUGGCUAUGUCCGAAUGACCAACCUUUUACCAAAUCAAAUUUAUACUGAGGUUCUCAAACCAACAGAACUCCAAAAUAAUAUGCCGAUUGACAGGCAAAGAGCCCUUAGAGUUUUUUGCCGAGAAAAAGCUCCCGUCGCCGGUAUAUCUGUUAAAGAACAUUUCGAAAUUAAUGUCGUUCCACUUACUAUUGGAUUAACAAAGAAAUUUUUCAAUACUAUGCUAAAAUUUUGUUUCCCUGAAAGAGAUCCAGACGGUAUAGAAGAUCCACCUGUUCCUCAAAGAGAUUCAUCUUUUUAUGUACCUAUUGAAAGAAGAGAAGAUGUAGAGAAAAUGAAAGAACGAGCUGAUAAGAAUAAAUUAUUUAUAUAUAUUAAAAUACCUGAAGUACCUGUAAGAGUAUCUUAUAAGGGCAAUAAAGAAAAAAAUUUAGAAGAUAUACGAGAUUUUGCUCUUGUAAUACCCACAUUGGAAUAUCACAAUGUAACAUGGACAUGGCUUGAUCUUCUAUUGGCAAUGAAAAGUGAUUCAAGACGUGUAAUUCUCAGUCAAGCUAUUAAACAAAAAUUGCAAAUUAAACCUAGAGGACCACAAGAAGAAGUAACUCCUCAGGAAGAAGAUAAAGCUCGGCUUUUAUUAGGUGCUAGACAUUUACCAGGAGAUGCAAGGAAAAAAAGUAUUUUUAAAUUUAAGUAAAAAAUUUUUAAUAUUUAUAAUAAUUUGACUUAUA